AACAUAUGAUAUCAUCGUCGAAUUCGACGUCGCAGCAAAUCGACUUUCCGCUGGAAUCACCCAAGUCGCUAUCGCUGAUCGCUGAGCUGUCGAGGAAAUAUAUAUAACAAGCUAACAAGAUCAGGCUCGACAUUUUGUAUCUGUGAUAUCCUCGAGGACGGCUCACACACAGACGUAACUAGCAGCAACACGCUCUUUCGAUAUUGUCCAACGAACAGAACUAGCCGUCAAUCAUGGUCUUUAAACAUCACCCGGACGGCAUGUUCGGUAACAUCCGGAACGACCUGCAUGCGAUGUACGGUGAAUUUGUCGGUACCGUACUCUUCCUCCUCUUCGCGCUUGGUGGAGUCCAAGCGACUGUGACCAACCUGUCCAUCAAUAACGACUCGGACGGUACUACGCUCCAAGGGUCCGAUGCGGCCAGGUUGAUGGGAUUGUUCUAUAUAUCGGCGUCCUUUGGGUUCAGCCUGUUUGCGAUAGCUGCCAUUUUCUAUCGCUUCACCGGAAGUAUCUUCAAUCCGAACGUCUCGUUCGCAUUGCUCCUGUGCGGGGUGAUCACACCCGUCCGAUUCGUACUCGUCUGCAUCGCCCAGUUUGUUGGAUCCAUCGCUGCCAGUGCGAUCUUGCACGGUCUUACGCCGGGUGGAUUGAGCGUCAAUGUGGCCUUGGGGUUCGGGACGAAUAAAGCUCAGGGCCUGUUUAUCGAGAUGUUCAUCACCUCGGCCUUGGUCCUGACCGUCCUCAUGCUCGCUGCCGAGAAAUCGAGGUUCACCCCCUUUGCACCCCUCGGAUUCGGGUUCACGCUCUUCGUUCUCGAACUGUUUGCCGUCGAAUACACCGGAGGAGCCGUCAACACGGCGAGGGCAUUCGGACCGGCUUGCAUCCAAGGCUUCGCGUCGUACCACUGGAUCUACUGGGUCGGACCUACCUUGGGCUCCUUGCUAGCCACAGCCUUUUGGUACAUUCUGAAGCAUAUCAAAUACUGGGAGAUCAACCCUGGGCAGGAUUCUGUCGAUUACAAGGACAAUGUCCAUCACAACGACGCACCUCUGAGCGACCUGGUCGGACGUGGUAGGGACAGGAACAGCACGGGAGCGGACGGAGCAAGGGACUCCCAGCAAAACCUGAACCGGAACUCGUCCAUCGUAUAAAGUACAAGCAGCCCGGGAUAGGAUAUCAAACAGCACGGUCAAACAAUAAUAUACACGAAGUUGUCGACAGCGGAAAAGAAACAUAGAUGUUUAGAUGGCUCGCUUUGUCAAAGGGUCCAGGAUAUGCCAUUAUGUACGAGACUAUAAUAACGAUUGCGCAAA